AAAAUAUUAUUAAACAAUACAAAUUCUAUAGUUAUAUAUUUUUUACUAUUUCUUCUUAAAAUGAUAAACAAAAAAACAAUUCAUGAUCAUCUACGAUAUAUUUCGAGAUCGACGAAGAAGCAUCACAUCGUAAAUAAUUAUUCCAAAUAAAUAUUAAAAAUCUCUUCUAAUCUCGGCAAAUUAUCGAUACAGAUCCGUUCAAGCAGCCGUGCUACCAACUGCAUCAAGAGGACGUAUACAUGGCGAAUCACCAGUACCAGGCAAACCCCGUGCAAAACCCGAAAAGCAGCUAUCUGCCAAUGUUUCAACAAACAUAUCCCAAUAUACCCACAUCGACAAACGUACAAACACAACCAAAUUACCACACUAUCCUCCCACAAAAUGUUCUUGACCAGAUACGCAACUGCGUGAACGGGGCGAGUUCCAUAUUUAUCCUGCCUGCCACGUGUCACCAACAACCAACCGCCAGCCAAACCGUCCAAGGAAACCCAACGACCAAUCCAGCACAAUUGACGAAUCCUGUCAAUCCGUCACAACCAAUCUCCUAUCCACCCUCCUUCUAUCCCUAUCCCAUCCCUAUGCCUAUCUACAACUCGUUCGGACAAGCUCGCGUUCAUUGCUCGCAUUGUUGGCAAAACAGGCAAGCGACCGGCAAAGGGUAUCCCCACGGAUGCUGCUGCCACAUGCUCAAGGUAGAGGAGGAGCAUCGUUGCACACCUACAGACGAUGACACUAUUUGCUCGAAACGGAACUGUCCAGCUUCCAUAAGCCUUCAAGCAUUGGCAUCGCAAUUUUUGACACUUCCAGGGAUUAUAUCUUGUUGCGCUACACGUUUGAUCCUGAGGAGAAUACCCGGCUCCAAUAUAACGACCAGCAUGGAGGAGACGAUGGAGAAGGCCCAAGUGUGUCUAAACACCCUUAACAAGGAACAAUUGCUGUCCGAGGCGAGGGGUGCCCAGCAGUUGAACGCAUUGAUCAAUCUUCACAUGACCACGAAUCCACCGGCGAAUAUUAUCCCGUUGCUCACGCUGGUUCAGGUGAAGGUGAACGUGCUGAAGGCUCAGGUCGAGAGUUUGAUCAACAAGAAGGUGAUGGAGUGUCAGGGAUAUGGGUACGAGGUGGAAACCGCCGGCCCCAUAGAUCCAGCCGUGCUCAGCACCAAAACGAACGAGGAGUUGCGACACCUGCUCGCCGUGUUGAAGCAAAAGGAAACCGACGAGCAACUUAACGUGAACUACUCGCCUUACAGCUCGCAAAGAGUGAUCGCCGAGGGCCGUUUAGCCACCGUCCGAGCGAAAAUCCGCCAAGUGGAGACGGAGUUCGACAGGAGGAGGAGUGUCGCGAUACCUCUGCCCCUGCCCACCCUCACCUCGAGGGCCAUUCAACAAUUCGCCGAAUCCAGAUGCACGUUCGGCAUCGCGGACGCGCAUCUGUUCGAGCCUUACGUGCAGGGCAGGAUGUUCGAGUCGCCAGACCCGUUCUCCCACUGCCACCGCAGCCAUAAGAAGCUUUGCCUGCAACCGCGCGAAUAUUUCCAGGAUUCGGUGUGCAUAAGGCGAAACGUUAAAAUAAGGGAUACGUCCGACACUGGAACCGCGAUGUACAAAGAUGCGGGGACGGGGGAGAGCAGGAAGGAGAAAGGGGUUGAAUCGAAGUCGAGCGUGGAGAUCUGCACGUGCGAGACCACUUCGUCCGAGGAGAGUGUUGAUGAGGAUAAAAAAAAACUCCGAUUAGAUAUCGACCAAAGAGAAGACGGGAUUAAUUCGAAAAGUGCGUUGAAAGUGUCGCCUCAUAUCGUUACGAGAGCUGAGGUUUGUGGAGAGUUGGAAAAGGAAGAGAGGAAGGAAGAGACGGAUGAGAGAGCGAAGGAUGAUGAAAUGGAGAAGAUUCGCGAAGAGAAAUCGAUAGACGCGAGGAUUGAUAGCAGAGAAAGGAUUAAAAUUAAGAAUGAGGUUAAAAUGUUAAAAAGAAUUGAGAAGAAGUCAGAAAUUAUUGGGCCGAUUCAGAUGAGGGUUAAAAGUAGGGAGAGUGUGAGAAUGUAUAAAGGCAGUAAGACUGAUGUGUCAAAGAAGAAGGUGUUUGAUUGUAAAUACAUUUCCACUAAGGAACUGGAAGAAAGUGAGGAGCAUGAUAAAACGAAGAUGCUUCGUGUAAUCAGGGAAAGAAGAAAAGAGAAUCAGAAAAUGAAAGAAAUUACAUCAGAAUCGAAAUUAGAAUUAGAAGGCAUAGAAAAAGAUGAUGCAGAUGUUUCAAUUAAAGAUAAACAAGUGGAAAUAACUAAAGCCAAUGAAAUUGAAGUGUCUAAGAAGCAGGUGGUUGAUUGUAAAUACAUUUCCACUAAGGAACUGGAAGAAAGUGAGGAGCAUGAUAAAAAAGAAAGCAUAGAAAAAGAUGGUACAGAUGUUUCAAUUAAAGAUAAAGCAGUGGAAAAAACGACUAAAGCCAAUGAAAUUGAAGUGUCAAAGAAGCAGGUGGUUGAUUGUAAAUACAUUUCUAUUAAGCAGCCAGAAGAAAGUGAGGAGUAUGAUAAAAAGAAAAUGUUUCAUGUAAUUAGGGAAAGAAGAAAAGAGAAUCAGAAAACGAAAAAAAUUACAUCAGAACCAAAAUUAGAAUUAGAAAGCAUAGAAAAAGAUGUUUCAAUUAAAGAUAAACAAGUGGAAAAAACGACUAAAGCCAAUGAAAUUGAAGUGUCAAAGAAGCAGGUGGUUGAUUGUAAAUACAUUUCUAUUAAGCAGCCAGAAGAAAGUGAGGAGCAUGAUAAAAAGAAGAUGUUUCAUGUAAUCAGGGAAAGAAGAAAAGAGAAUCAGAAAAUGAAAAAAAUUACAUCAGAACCAAAAUUAGAAUUAGAAAGCACAGAAAGAGAUGGUACAGAUGUUUCAAUUAAAGAUAAACAAGUGGAAAAAACGACUAAAGCCAAUGAAAUUGAAGUGUCAAAGAAGCAGGUGGUUGAUUGUAAAUACAUUUCUAUUAAGCAACCAGAAAAAAGUGAGGAGCAUGAUAAAAAGAAGAUAUUUCAUGUAACCAAAGAAAGAAAAAAAGGGAGUCAAAAAACGAAAAAUGUUAUAUCUGAACCAAAAUUAGAAUUAGAAAACAUAGAAAAAGAUAAUGCAGAUGUUUCAAUUAAAGAUAAACAAGUGGAAAAAACGACUAAAGCCAAUGAAAUUGAAGUGUCAAAGAAGCAGGUGGUUGAUUGUAAAUACAUUUCUAUUAAAAAACCAGAAGAAACUGAGGAGCAUGAUAAAAAGAAGAUGUUUCAUGUAAUCAGGGAAAGAAGAAAAGAGAAUCAAAAAACAAAAAAUAUUACAUCCGAACCAAAAUUAGAAUUAGAAAAUAUAGAAAAAGAUGAUGCAGAUGUUUCAAUUAAAGAUAAACCAGUAGAAAAAACGACUAAAUCCAAUGAAACUGAAGUAUCAAAGAAGCAAGUGGUUAAUUGUAAAUACAUUUGUAUUAAGCAACCAGAAAAAAGUGAGGAGCAUGAUAAAAAGAAGAUGUUUCAUGUAAUUAGGGAAAGAAGAAAAGAGAAUCAAAAAACAAAAAAUAUUACAUCCGAACCAAAAUUAGAAUUAGAAAAUAUAGAAAAAGAUGAUGCAGAUAUUUCAAUUAAAAAUAAACCAGUGGAAAAAACAACUAAACCCAAUGAAAUUGAAGUGUCAAAGAAACAGGUGAUUGAUUGUAAAUACAUUUGUAUUAAGCAACCGGAAGAAAGUGAAGAACAUGAUAAAAAGAAGAUGUUUCAUGCCAGAGAAAGAAGAAAAGAGAAUCAGAAAACGAAAAAAAUUACAUCUGAACCAAAAUUAGAAUUAGAAAACAUAGAAAAAGAUGAUGCAGAUGUUUCAAUUAAAGAUAAAACAGUGGAAAAAAUGACUAAACCCAAUGAAAUUGAAGUGUCAAAGAAGCAGAUGGUUGAUUGUAAAUACAUUUGUAUUAAGCAACCGGAAGAAACUGAGGAGCAUGAUAAAAAGAAGAUGUUUCAUGUAAUCAGGGAAAGAAGAAAAGAAAAUCAAAAAUCAAAAAAUGUUAUGACAGAACCAAAAUUAGAAUUAGAAACCAUAGAAAAAAAUGAUGAAGAUAUUUCAAUUAAAAAUGAACCAGUCGAAAAAACAAGUGAAGCCAACAAGACUGAUGCGUUAAAGAAGAUGAUGCUUGAUUACAAAUGCAUUUCUAUUAAAAAACCGGAAGAAAGUGAGGAGCACGAUAAAAAGAAGAUAUUUCAUAUAAUCAAGGAAAGAAGAAAAGAGAAUCAAAAACCAAAAAAUGUUACAUCGGAACCAAAAUUAGAAUUAGAAAGCGUAGAAAAAGAUGAUGCAGAUGUUUCAAUUAAAGAUGAACCAAUCAAAAAAACCAAAGAUGAGGCUGAUGUAUUAAAGAAGAAGGUGGUUGAUUACAAAUACGUUAUGGAAGCAGAAGAAAAUGAUGAGGAUGAUAAUAAGAAGAUAUUUCAUGUAAUCAAAGAAAGAAAAAGAGAGAGUAAAAGAAAGAAAGAAAUUAAAUCGGAUCGUAUAAAAUUAGAAAAUUUAGAAAAAGAUGAUGCAGAUGUUUCAAUUAAAGAUGAAAAGUCAAAAUUUGCUUAUUUUCCUUUCAAAAAACUGGAAAAAUUAAAAAAAACAAUUUCUCAUUCUACGUGCACUCCAGACAAAGAAAACGCAAAAGACGAUAAAGUUGAAAAAGAUGACGAAGUUGCAAAAGAUGAAGAAGUUGAAAAAGAUGAACGUAACAAAUUCGAAAAGAAAAAAAAUGUACAGUUUGUCUCUACAAUGACCCACGUAAAAUAUGAUAAAAAUUUUGGCGAUUUUUACGGAUGGGAUAUUAAAGAAUAUUCGGUUCAAACGACUGAAAAUCAAUGGCAAGAAACCGUUGAAUGUGAUUCUUCGAAGGAUGUUGGUGAAGAAGAUGAAACUGAAAACGAUGGUGUGUAUUUUCUUUCAAAGAAAGAAAACUGCUCGAUCGUAUUUGAUAACCAAAAAUCAAUACCAGUCUCUACGAGUAUCGAAAUGAGCAAUAUGAUUGAAAAAUGCACAAUUGCUGAAAAAAUGUUCCCGAAGAAUUGUCGAAUAAAUGAUGAGAAAAGGGCAAAUGGACUCAAACAAUUUCCACCAUUGAAGUAUGCACAUCAAAAGAUAGAAGAAACAACAGAAACCAAUAUCUGGGACGAUACAAUUCACGAAAAAGAAUCGAAUUCCUCCAUGAUCGUUUGCGAUAGAAGUAGUUCUCAUCAUAGCAUUUCAAGAAUGGAAAAUAGCAUUAUUUCUGUGAUAUUCUCUAAGAUUGAGAAUCGAUUCGCAUCAUUCAAUUCUUUGUUAAGAAAUAUACCAAAUUUCUACGACAUUCUAUCGAAUUUUCAUUUCCACAAAUUGUCAAGUAACACUCACUCUGAUAAAAAUAUUCAACAUUCGAGCCGGCAAAUUACCAGAAAUAUAAAAAAUAUAAAAUCUCGGAAAGACUCAGAUUGGAUUUUACUUCCCCCGAAUGCUUGCAGAGAUCACAAAUGCAACACUUCCGGCGGAAAUCGCAUUUCGGUCGGUGAACAGUGCAAUGUGCGUUUAAUGAAACAUUCUAUAAUUGUGGACGAAGAAAAGAAAAAUUAUUUGGUUAUUACCGGUUCCGUUGAUGAACAGUUUCGACAAUUGUUGAAAAACGGUUUCGAAAAACCGUAUUAUACUCGUAGAAGUAUAGUGAUAAGAAGUCGAUUGAAAAAUUCCAAAAAUUCGAAACAGCCACUUCCCCAUCCUCCUUUCACGAUAAUUAAGCGAAUUAAAAAGAAUAAUGAUAUUGAUGCGUCUCAGACAUCAUCGUGCAUCGAACAUCAUUUAGAAACUAGAGAAAAAUUGUUACUCUUACCUAGAAUAUCGGAAGAUAUGCAAACUAUAUCCAAUAAUGAACAUAGAGAUGAAUUUGUAGCAAUAUUUAAAAAUGAAAUAAUGCAACGAAACAGUAAUUCUGAUACUGCUAUUAACUACACUAAUGACUCUAAUGAUUAUUCAACAAAAUGAGGCAAUGAAGAAUUUUGGUAAGAAAUUUUAGUAGAAAGUAAAUGCACACUUACAAAUUUGAACGAAUAUCACGAUUUUAUUAGCGUUUGGCAGUAAAGUAUAACAUUGGAGAUUAAAUGGAAAAAUAAUGACAUAAGACAAACGAAACUCUUACAAAUUUCCUUUUUGUGCGAAAUAAAAAAUUCUUUUCGAACUAUACCUCCCGUUGUAAUAGUUGUACUUUUCUGAAACAUCAUACGAAUGCUCUUUAAUCGCUGGACGUCUUUGGAAGACCCAAACUAUAUCAAUGAAAAAAACGCAAAUUUUUAUUUUUAUAUACAUAAUAUACGAUUUACCCUCUUGAUAAAAGAAAAUACGAACAUUUCAUAGUUGGAAAUAAUUAAAACCGAUGAACGAAUGCAGUAUAUAUAUACUUUCUUCCAUAAUUUUAUUAAUUGUUAAUGCUUCAUUUGAUGCUUGUUCUUCUCUGGUCAAUGGACCAUAAUUUAUUUCUAUUGUUAGCUGUCUAUUAGAGAAUCUUUAGAAUCUGUAGUAACGAUAUAAUCACACAGGUGGAACAAUGCAUGAACACCCACGAUAUCGUACAGUUCAGUUUUUUUUUUUUUGGAGGCCAGAAUGAAAACUCUUAAUAUAAUUCACAUCAUGUGCUAUUGUCAUAUUCAUCCGCAUCAACGCAAAGGCAUUCAAUUUUCCAAAACAUUUCAAAUUCAGAUACAUUCGUGUAAGUAUAAGCUAUAGUUUGUCCAAGAUCAAUUAAUUGAUCAAGAUCAUUGAAGAAAAAAGACCUUUAUUAUAGCAUGUAAUAUUUAUUUCAUUAUAUUGUUAAUUUUGAAAAUGAAAAACAUAAAUAUAAAGACAUAAUGUAAACUUAAGCUUUGUCUUAAAUAUGUAUGAAAAUAGUUGAUGCAUUUCAUAAGUUUGAAAAAGAAAAUAUGCCUUAGUUUAUCUUAGUUUAUCUAAAAAAAAAAAAAUGAUAUUGAAUAAUCAAUAAAUUUUGAACAAACUUUAGCGAAUUCAUUCAAUUCAUGAAUAUCGUAUAACUUGUUAUUCAAUAUGUAUAUACAUAUACACAUAUACAUAUAUAUACAUAUUAAAUUUCUUAUAAGCUAACAAAUUUAUCAUCAAAUUUAUCAUAAGUAAAAAAUAAAAGAAUCUAACACACUGGUCACAUUCAUAAAAGAUUAACGCUGUUUUUUGUAACAAAGUCUCACUUAUAUAUUAAAUUACACAAGAUAAUUAUGAAAUAAUGUCUUUCACACCACACUAUAAAUACGAUGCUGUUUAAAAAGUAUAAUAUAACAAACUGCAGGGUUUCGGUAUUCAACAUAGAAAUAUGAAAAAUAUCAAAGCAGGGUGAUGAGAACUGAUAUUCUAUACGGAUUAUAUUGGAUGUGAAAUAUAUAUAUGUAUAUAUAUCGUGACAUAUCCACAAAUGUUGGUUUUUA